AUGGAUUCAAAAAAUAAGGGUAGGAAUGAAGUAAGCACAAAUGGUAAAACUUCACCACCUCAAUCAACUACUCCAACUACUACCACCACCACCACUACAACAACAUCAUCAUCAUCAUCCUCAGUGGGAAAUAAAAGAAACGAAAGUCCAACAAUUUCAUCCAGUGGAAAUCAGUCACCAAAAUCAAUGGAAAAUGAUAAUGAAAAUGAGGAAGAUGAAGUUAUGGAAGAGGAAGAAGUGGAUGAUAAUGAAGAGAAUGGUAAUGAUGAGGAUGCACCACACCCAUUCUUUGAUGAUGAUCAAGUGGACGACGAUGAGGAUCUUAACGAUCCAACCAUUCAAAAUGGUAUCAAUAGAAAAGAUGAAACAGAGGAAGCAAGAAAUGAGAGAUUAGAAUCAAUUAGAUUGGAAAAAGAGAGAUUAAAACAAAUUAGAGAACAACAACGUAAACAAUUACAAGAACUUGAAAAGAAUCAAAGACAACAAUUACAAGAGGAUAAAGAGAAAUCUGCAAAUGCAAGAUUAAAAUAUUUAUUGGAAAGAACUGAAAUCUUUACACAUUUCGUUUCAAAUAGUAAUAAUAAUAAUAAUACAAAAAAAACAAAAACAAAAUCACCAGUUUUAUCAUCGUCAUCAGCAUCAUCAUCAAAUAACAAUAACAAUAACAAUAACAAUGGUUCAAUAGUUUCAAGUACCCCAACAAAAAGAGGUCAUAUAACAGAAGAAGCGGAAGAUGAAGCUAUUAUGAAUGAAACAAUGGAAGAAGAAGAACCACAUUCUUUUAACUUUUUUACAUCAAGUCCACCAUAUAUUAAGUCAGGUACAAUGAGAGAUUAUCAAGUUUAUGGUUUAAAUUGGCUAAUUCAAUUAUAUGAAAGAGGUAUUAAUGGUAUUUUAGCGGAUGAAAUGGGUUUAGGUAAAACAUUACAAACAAUUUCACUUUUGGGUUAUUUAUCUGAAUAUAAAGGUAUUAGAGGUCCACAUUUAAUUAUUGCACCAAAAUCAACACUUUCAGGUUGGGCAAAAGAAUUUACAAGAUGGUGUCCAUUUUUACGUGUCGUUAGAUUUCAUGGUAGUAAAGAAGAAAGAGAAGAUAUUAAAAAGAAUCAAUUAAUUUUUAAGAAAUUUGAUGUUUGUAUAACUACAUAUGAAGUUGCUAUUAGAGAGAAAUCAACAUUUAAAAAGUUUAGUUGGAGAUAUAUUAUUAUUGAUGAAGCACAUCGUAUUAAAAAUGAAAAUUCAGUACUUUCAAAAGGUGUUAGAAUGUUUAAUAGUCAAUUUAGAUUAUUAAUUACUGGUACUCCAUUACAAAAUAAUUUACAUGAAUUAUGGUCAUUAUUAAACUUUUUAUUACCAGAUGUUUUUUCAUCAUCAGAUGAUUUUGAUAAAUGGUUUGAUUUAGCAAAUAAUACAGAGAAUCAACAAGAGGUUAUUGAUAAAUUACAUAAAGUUUUAAGACCAUUUUUAUUAAGAAGAAUUAAAACUGAAGUAGAGAAAUCAUUACCACCAAAGAAAGAGAUUAAAUUAUUUGUUGGUUUAUCAACGAUGCAAAAAGAAUGGUAUAAAAGAUUACUUUCAAAGGAUUUGGAUGCAGUUGUUGUUGGAGCAAAAGGUAAUACAGGUCGUGUUAGAUUAUUGAAUAUUUGUAUGCAAUUAAGAAAGGCAUGUAAUCAUCCUUACCUUUUCGAUGGUGCAGAGGAAGAACCAUACACAACCGGUGAACAUUUAAUUGACAAUAGUGGAAAGAUGGCAUUAUUGGAUAAACUAUUGAAAAAGUUGAAAGAAAGAGGAUCAAGAGUUUUAAUCUUUUCACAAAUGUCGCGUAUGUUGGAUAUUUUGGAGGAUUAUAUGUUGUAUCGUGGUUAUAAGUAUGCAAGAAUCGAUGGUUCUACCGAAUCGAUCGUUAGAGAGAAUUCAAUUGAAAAUUACAAUAAACCAGGUUCAGACUUAUUUGCAUUCCUUUUAACCACCAGAGCCGGUGGUCUUGGUAUCACUUUGAAUACAGCCGAUAUCGUUAUCUUGUUUGAUAGUGAUUGGAACCCACAAAUGGAUCUUCAAGCACAAGAUCGUGCCCAUCGUAUUGGUCAAACUAAACCAGUGACAGUCUACCGUUUUGUGACAGAGAAUUCAAUGGAGGAGAAAAUGGUAGAGAAAGCAGAAAUGAAACUUCAAUUGGAUGCAUUGGUAAUUCAACAAGGUCGUCUCGUUGAGGCAAAUAAAAAUGCAAAACCUGAAGAACUCUUGGCAAUGCUUAGAUUUGGUGCUGAUGAUAUCUUUAAGAGUAAAUCAUCAACCAUCACCGACGAGGAUAUCGAUUCCAUUCUCAAGAAAGGUGAAGAGAAAACUGAACAACUCAAUAGCAAAGUUAAGGAUUUAGCCUCCAAUCCAUUGAAAUUCCAAUCCGAUGGUAAUCUAUACAUGUUUGAUGGCGUAAACUAUAAGAAUUCUCAUUCCAGUGCAGGCUAUUGGGCAGAGACAUUGAAACGUGAGAGAAAAACAGUCGCAGGUACAGUGGCAGCCGAUGAAGAAAUCGCUCCUGCAAAACCAGUGGUAAAGAGAGAAAGACGUUUCAAUAAACCAAAGCAGACACCAAUCUAUGAUUUCCAAUUCUAUCCACCAAGAUUAACUCAACUCUAUGAGAAAGAGAAUGAAGCCUACAAUAAAAAGGUGGAAUGGUACGACCAAAAAGAUAAAGGUGAACUUCCAGAGGAAGAGGAGGAACCAGACUUUGGUGAUCUAUCAAAGGAGGAACAAGAUCUCAAAGAAAGAUUAAUUAAAACCGGUGGUUUUGGUGAUUGGUCAAAAACUGAUUUCCGUACUUUUAUUCGUGGUUGUGAAUUGUAUGGUCGUAAGGCUUAUCAAAGUAUCGCUGAAGAGGUUCAAACUAAAACUGAAAAAGAGGUUCAACAAUAUUCUCAAGCAUUUUGGAAAAAACACUCUGAGGUUGCCGAUCAUGAGAAAUUGGUUGCACGUAUUGAAAAGGGUGAAGAGAGAAUCAUGAAAUAUAAAGAAACUCAAGACUCUUUAAAUUAUAAGAUCAACAAAUAUAAAAAUCCUUGGAUUGAAUUAAAGAUUCAAUAUGGUUUGAAAAAGAAUAAAAACUAUAACGACGAGGAGGAUAUAUUUUUGGUUUGUAUGUGCCAUCGUUUGGGUUAUGGUGCCUUUGAAGAAUUGAAAGAGGAAAUUAGAAAAUCACCACAAUUCCGUUUCGAUUGGUUCAUUCAAACUCGUACUUGUCAAGAAUUGAAAGCUCGUGUCGAUCAAUUACUAAAAUAUAUAAUCAAAGAACAUCAAGAGGAAGUGGAAGCUGCAAAAGAAGCAGAGAAAAGAAAGAAAGAAAAAGAGAAAUUAAAAUUGGCAGCCUCUGGUGUCACCGCCUCUAAAGCAAAGACUGAAUCUCCAAAUAAAACACUUGGUAAGAGAAAAGAUGCUCCACCAUCAAAACCUCCUGCUAAACCAUCUAAAGCUUCUGCUAAAUCAAAACCUGCUCCAAAAUCAAAGACUUCCACAACUACAAAACCUACUACUACAAAUGGUAGAGGUAAAAAGAAACCUGUUGAAGAAGAAGAACCAAUGGAAGAGGAAGAGGAAGAAGAAGAAGAGGUUGAAGAGGAAGAGGAAGAAGAAGAAGUUAAAGUUCCACUCAAAAAGAGACAAGUUAAAUAA